AUGCCGCAAGUUAUAAGCCCAGAAUUUUUUGGGUCCUCUAAUAAGCCUCCAAUUACAUUUCCUGCAACAAUUCCUAUCUGCCAUAGCAUCGAUUGCAAUGCCAUGGCUGACGGCUGUUCUUCAUCUGGACAUAAUUCAGAAAUCAAUGUCUUUGUCACGAUUGCCAAAGGAGUAAACACUCCAAGCAAAAAUCUUGAUGAGAGCGCUCACCAAAAGUUUGGAGAAAACCCAAAAAGUAACGAAAAUAUUGUGAUAGAAGCUAUUCCUAUAAGCAUUACUGGUCGUCUGCCCCAGUGGUCGCACAUUGCGCCUCAAAAUGCGGACGUUAUUGUUCUUCCAAACAUCAAGGAAAAGGUGAUGAGGCCCACCCAAGCCCCUGUUGAGGACCUGUCUUCAGCUAUCUCGAACUUCAUGACCAUUUUGCUUGCAAAAGGGAUCACUAAAGUAAAGACAAUAGCAUUUGCGAAAUAA